GGAACGUAUUGCACCAUGUUAGAUGAGCGAGGUAGGAUGCUCGCCCCGCCGCUCUCUUAUCUGGCCAGACAACUUUCAACUGUACUCCAAGACGGAUCAUACGCUACUCACGGAGGGAUAAAUGUGUGCAAAUCUAUUCUUCGGAGUGUACUUUAUUGUUGAAGUGAUAUAUUAUGGCGUGGUAAUGGCAAGAAACACCUGCAGCAUGAAUUGACGUGACAAAGAAUGCUCUGUACUGACAUGCAGAGCAGUGCAUGGUACAUAGCGCCUUACCUUUGGCUAUGUAGUAUGCCAUCAGUGAUGCAAUAUUACGUGAAAGACAUGCCAGAAGUUUAAGCAAUAACUGAAGCCAGCAGAAGAAUAAGAGAUUAUCAAGAUAGUAAGAUUGAUGGAAGUUGAGAUGACACUUCUUCUUCAGCGCUAGUAAUUCACUUUUGAAACACCUCAGGACAACGGGUGAAGGCGGCAAGAGGAUACGAAGAGGACAGCAAAACAUUCUCCAGGACUUAACUUGAUACCAAAAGAUCGCGAAGUCGGAAAAAACUCGUUAGGCAAUUCAAGGAAUCGGACAGAGCGUGCGCCUGCCUAAUAAGGGCGGCUGGCUGCUCCACUCCUCGCUUAAUAUCUCAGCAUUCGGCAUGACCACGGCUAAAACCACCAUGGAAAAGACGGAGACGAAACCAGAGGACGGUGGAGAGAUGACAGAGUCUCAGAUGACACAGGCAGAGUUCACUGAUAAGAUGGAGACUCAUCAGGCCUUCAUACAUGCCAAGUCAGGUGAACUGACCCGCCUGAUGGACACCCUGAAGACAGUGCGUGAGAGCAAGGAGCCACUGGCACAGGUCAAGAAUACCCUGCAGGAAGAAAUCAACACCUGUAACAAGGCCAUCAAUGCUGUAUCUGAGGAAGUCACCCAUCUGAAACAGAAGCUGAGGUACCACAAUGUGAAGCAGAUCCUUGAUAACAUAGAGCGCCUUGAGUACCAGCUGCGCAACAACAACUUCAAGCCCAGGGAGGAACAGAAGAUCCUUGAUGAGAUCUCAAUGCUCCAGAAGUCCAUCCGCACCCUCCGGGAGUACGAGGCCAAACAGGUUGAGAACAAAAAGUACCGUGCAGAACGAACUAGACUGAUAGAGGAGAGAAACAACAAUUACUCCAAGAUCAGGGCUCUUUAUGCUAAGGAGGAUGAAAUUAAGAAGGAAGUAGCAGUUCUGCGUGGGGACAUUUCUGCCAAUAGAAAAUCCGUUGACCAGCUGCGGCAGUUGCGGCCUAAGCUAGAGCAGGAGUGGACAGCUCAGCAGCGGAAGCUGAAGGCAGCGCGCAAUAAGCGUUAUGAGGAGAAAAAGCGAUUGCGGCAGGAACAAAUACGGGAACGGCAGGAGGAGAAACGGAAGCUGUGGGAGGAAUAUGAAGCAAGCCGAGAACCAUAUGAGGAGGAGAAGAACCUUUGUCGACUCCUCAUCAGUUAUCUGCAGUCCAGUGUGAACGGCAGCACUCCCACCCCCAGCACCCCAGCCUCCAUCACGUCCCGGCACUCAAGCUUCAGCACUCCCAGCCUCACUCCUGCCACCACUCCCUCCCAGCCACCCCCACCUUUCCCCUCAUGCAGCUCUACAGAGGCAUUCAGCUUUCCCUCAAAGUGUAAGAACAUGGUGCCUCCUGAGUCAUCUGGUGCUUACUAUUGUAAACCCAAGGAUGAGAAUGCCUUGACCAAAGUGAGCAAGCGAGAGAAGGCCAAGGUGAGGAGGGAACAGAAGCUGGCAAAUCGCACAAAAGAGUUGCCACACACACCUGAUGUGCUCCUGAAGUUCAGCAAGUUGUCCAUCACUCCGCCCAGGAACACAGAGCAGAUCCCUGGGGUGAUAGUCUUGCUGCAGGACCAACUUCAGCACUUCCACUCACUAGCACUGAGUGAGGGCACCAGCAAACAGAUUGAUGGCAGUGUGGAUAACACAAACAAGGUCAAGGGUGCAGGUAAAAGCUCCAGACCCAAGAGCUUGCCUGUAGUGUCUUGCUCCCAGCCCACUUCUGCCUCAGUCACCACCACCACAUCCACUGAGCAGGAGCUCUCCAGUGAAGUGAAGGAAAAUGGCCAGCUCUCUCCCAUCACUUCUGCUGCCUCCUCCACCUCCCCUGCUAUCAGUGUGUACAGUGUGACUAGUCCGGUGUCAGUGCCGGCAAUAAAUGUGGUGGCGCCUGGUGUGUCGUGGGCAGGCAGUGUUAUUCCUAACCAUGUACCUAAAGACAGUUUAAGUGAAAGCAGUGUUAGUAGUCCAACAAACACUGAGCCUGUGUACAGUGGCAUUUCCCAUGCAAUUAAUGGAAUGCGGCAUGAAGUGAACUCAGUGCCAGAGCUACAGAUGUGCUCAGACAUCCUGUCGACAGGGAACAAUGACUCGUACUUCUCUGGACCAAUAUCAUACACCUGUAAUGUGGUGGAGGGAAAGAGCUUGAAGGAACCAAACAAUAAUGGUGGCUUUAGCUAUGCUGCAGUUGCAGCAAAGGUGAAGCCACUUGAGUUUUGAGCUGUAGCCAGAUAGCUUAAGCUUAUAUAUUAAUGGUUUAUUUGUAUUGCUACCAAAGAUGAUUUGUAAAUACUCGUUUGCUAAAUACCCUUGUUCUAUAUAGAUUUAGUUAUUUUUGCAUUUCUAUUAAGAAUGACCUAUAGAUGCUUGUUAAUUGUGUGCAGAAGGCAGAACUUGCAGACAAACAAAAACUAGUAUGGUGGUGCUUGAGGGAAAUCACUGUUAAGUGGUUGGUUGAUCUUCAUCCAUGUAGAGUAAGAGUUCAGUGCUCAAAGGAAUGUAAAAAAAUAGUAUGAAUAGAGGAAGAAGCGGAGAAGGUGUAGGAGGUGCAAGAGGAAGACCACCAGUGAUAGGACAGUGCUGGAGUACAUGGGAGAUUAGGGUGUGUGUGGACAGGAAUGUAACUAGUUGUGGUCAUCCAUGGGGGAAGGUGUCACAUAAAUAUGAUACUAAUUUAACUGCAUUUAUUACUCAACUAAUGAUCUAGUCACUAGUCUUAGUUAUUCAAUGUUAAUAAUGUUUGUGUUGCUUUAGGAAAUUACCUUUGGUACUGUUUUUAUAUUUAUAUUGUUUUAUAUGCUAAAAAAUAUAUAUAUUGUUGCCCAGAAACGUGUCAUACUCUCCCCCUCCACGAAUGUGCCUCUCAUGGGAACACUGAUUCAUUUCAGAAGAUAAGCCUUCUGUUGAUGACAGCAUGGGACACAAUGCCCUCCACAUGUGUACAGUACAGCCAACCAAAACAUCCAUGUUUGCAAUAACACUAAACUAUACAUUGCAUAUAGACAUGGUACCAAUAUGCAUCUACUGUUUUUAUUUCAUAUUCUAUUGAUCUUGAGUGUCAUUUUGUAGAUAACUGCACCAUCCCAUUCGGAGGCAAUGCUUUGACAGGCACUGAUGUGGUGGUGCCCCUUGGAGUGAUGUCUUCAGUGCUGUGUUGCUUCUAAAGCCACAGUGAACUGAAGAAGUGACACCAAGGGCCAAGAACAAUAUUUAAUAGUAUUUUAGAUGCCUGUAAUUUAAUUUCCCUCUCCUAGAAACACUGUUAUAACUCGUGUGGUGAAGGUAUUAUUGAUGAAAUGGCCGUGUCCAAGUUCAUUGUUUACAAAAAGUCCAGCUCAGGUAAAGCCCAGAUAUCAUUUGUAUACAUCCAAAUAAAUUUCUUUUACGCAAUAUAUGACAGGCUUAUGGGCAGUGCCUGGAAACUUGUCAGCUGCCUUGUCCAAGCUUAACUGAAAAACUUUGGGGUCCAGAGAAAAACUUUACAUUGAAUGUUGUGUGCAGUGUCUUUCUGUAACACCAGGCUAAUAGCCAGGCUUGUGCACUGACACCCUCUGUUUUCAUGUUAAGCUCUUCUUGGAUAGGACUGUUCAUGAUUGUGUCUAGGCUGACUGGGAUGUCUUUAGACACUUCCAGGAUGUGUUUGUGGUGAUGCAUCUCAGACAUGCUAGGGAAAGGGGUGUUACAUAUACUAUUGGCUACUGAUCUGUUUCCCACCAUGAAGUGUGUGGUGUGUUGGUUAGACAAUUACACUGAGCAUGUUUGAAUUGUACCAUCUGACAGACACUGUUAGAAUAACUGCUGUUGGAAGUGAAUGGUUUUGCCAUCCACAGGGAAUAAUUUGACAGUUGUAGGUGAUGUUUUUUGAUGCUCUGAUUUGUUAUUUAAAGCACAUCAGUGGUCCAUGACCUGCUUAGUCCAGACAGCCACAUUGCUGUACUCAGCAGCAUGGCGUCUUCUGUGAAGAAGAGUGUCACUAAGACAUGUUAUUUAUUUCUUGAGUAAAAGUAUCACCAGCUUAUUUUUGCUCUAGCUUCUCAAUGUUUUGUAUCAUUGUUGAAGUAUACUGCAUUCUCAUUCAGUAUUGCAGGUUGGAUUGUGAUACUAUGCCAGAUUAAGAUAACUACUAUAGUGAGACUAGUUCAAAUGUAUAGAAUAUUUUAAGUGAUGGGGCAAAGCCCAUCUUUUGUUAUGGUGUGUAGCUUCAUAGUUAUUCUCAUGAUAGAGAUCAGCUUUAUUUGUUGAGUGAAUCUAUGAAUCAUAUAUUUCAAAAAGAUUAUUUGCAGUGGUGUGUUAUUAUACUGCAGUUUUAUGAAACCUGAAAUUUCUUUAGUGUGUGUGUGUAUAGAACCUUUUGUUUUUGUGACUAGCUAUGAUCCACUCAUGUGCACCCUCCUGGCAUGAUAGUGCUACUUUAUUUAGACUGUACUGAUAAGGGUACUGACCGCACACACAUCUGGUCAACUCAGUAUUUAGUCUUGUAACAUCAAACACAAAAACGGGUGUUGAUUGUAACUGUGAAGUAUCCAUGCUUUAGACAAAAUGAUGUAGCAAUUUUUCCUCAUCAGGUAACAAGUGGGGCAUCAUAGGAGUGACACUUGAUCAUUCAGGAUGUUAAUGUUAUGUAGAUGAAUGUUGUUAGUUAUGUUAUAAUAAGAAACACUGCUAACCAUUAGUCCUGCUAUCAUGAAAUGUCAACCAAACAAAAAACCUUGAGCAUUUCUUGUAUUAAGAAUGAAAAUUAUGUUUAAAAAAGCAUACUGUACUCAGCAGUCCUGGUUCGUUUCCAUGAUAGUUUAGACAUGAUUUUGCCAAGACCUUGCAGAACAGUAAGUUUUCUUUCUGCUUAUAGUGAAAAAUGAAAGACUUAGGAACAGUGUUAUUAAUUAGACCUCAGGUGGGCUGCAGUGUUUGGCUUAUUGCAACAUAUUGGUGUGCUAUUCAUUUCAUAUCAGUAAUGCUUUGAUUCAGAAUGUAGUACUAAUCAGUCAAUGCUCUGUAAGUGUCACCAAGUUUGAGUGCAAAGCAGAAAGGGUGUUGUCUGAGGAGAUCCUAGGCACUGUGUCCAAAGAGGGGUGUCUUAGUGGAAGUAUUGUUAAAUAUGUGCACAAAUCUUGUUAAGUGUGUUAUACAGAGGACAUGAUGAGGGACAUUACUGGCACAAAGGUGGUGGGAGUGUCUGUGACUACUUACACAUCAUUAUUGGAAAUUUUAGGUACAAAUUUAUGCAUAAUUGGACUCGUUAUGUACAUAGGUAAAUAUUUAAUAAAAUAAAUAAUGUUUA